UGUAAAAAAUGUAUAUAAACUAACAUCUAACAUUAUCAAAAUUUCAAUUGUACUGUUCCAUCUCUUUGGUCGUUAUGCUACGUUUAUUUAUAUUGAUGUCUGGCAUAUUAUUUGCUAAUGGCAGUUCUUUUGAAGAACGUUUGAAAAUUCUUGAAGUCGAGAUGGAUUUAUUGAAACAAGCAAAUAUAGAACUGAAACGGGAAAAUCUCGAAUUGAAUCAUGACAAUACAGAAUUGAAAAGCCGCGUAAAAGAACUGGAAGUUGACGUCUCGGGACUAAAGGGCGAGGAUAUGCAUAACAACCUGAGCUACGAAAGUCACAUAAAUGCAGCAAUGCAUGAAACCAUUGACAGCAUAAAUAAAAGUAGAAAAUUGGAAACAUCGGAUUGGCAUGACACGCCAAAUUUUCAAAACGAUCAAAAUCCGGACGCCAUUGCAAGUCUUUCUAAAAAGGAAAUAUUACAAUCAGGAAGGGUUGCGUUUCAUGUAUACCUUUCUUCGAGCAAAUGUUUCAACAAUUUUCAAGUUAUUGAAUACGACACUGAAGUUUUAGAUACUGGAAAUGGCUACAAUGAGCAUGACGGGAUAUAUAUUGUACCAGAAUCCGGAAUAUAUGUGUUUACUUGGACAUUCAUUGCUGAUUAUUCUGAAUAUGCUGUCAAUGAAAUCGUUAUUAAUGGGGCCGCAAAAGGAUGGACAAUUUCUGAUGGUUCUGGUCAUUGCAUUUUGCGUAGUCCCUCAUCUGGUCUUAUACUUGCCAGUGUGAACGCAGGGGAUCAUGUUUUUAUAAGACGUGUAACAGGACAUGGAUGUAUGGUUUACAGUAGUACAUUUGGGCAGCCGACAUUUUCCGGUUGGCAGCUUUCCUAAUGAAUUGAUGUUGUGAAUUGGUAACGCUAUCUUCGCAAUUAAAGAUAUUGUAGUU